CAAGAGGCCAUGCAAGAGAGCCGUGGCUUCAGCUGAUAUUGCUCAGGCACCGCGUUGAUCCAGUUAGGCUGUCGACAUCGAAGCCCGCGUGGAUAUGUGGAGAACGCGUGGUUCCUUUUGUCUUCUCCCUCAAGAAAGAAAGACACGGUCAUGGCUUGCUUCAUGGAGAAGGCUUCGUCUGAAGUUUUGAUUGCGUCUCAGCGUCUCAGUUUUUCCCUGCUUCAUCAUUUAGGAGCGAUCCUCUUAACUCUCUUCCGCAGAUCGAAGAAGGCAACCGAUCGGGAAGAUGAGCAGCUGGUUGUCGUCUGUCGAGAAGAUGAAGAGGUGGAUGGUGAUGCCCGCGGCCGCUGGAGCGGAGCCGAAGCUGCUGUGCGUCGUCUGCCACGUCCCGCGCCUGGAAGAUCCACCCGUGGAGGGAGAUUAUGUGGAAGAACGUGUGCACGGCAGCAUCAAACCGCUUGGGUCACGCUUGCAUUGCCCUAAAGGAUUUUUAUAAACUCAACAUGAUGCAGCGCGUGGACUGGAAUGAGAAGCAUAGGGUUAUUUUUCUACAUAAAAAGAAAAAUGCCUACGCAUUGCUGUAUUCGGGAGACUUAUCAACUGCAGCAAAGAAUGCAAUGAAGAAUAAUUUUGAAACAAAGAUAUCUCACAUAGUGGAUAUCAGCUACCACAGCUUUUCAGGUAAGAGCGAUGUUGUGAAAAUUUUGACGGUCAAGGGAGCAAAGCCUGACGGGCGACAUCUGUCCUGCGACUUCGUUGAUGUACACCAUGUAGAAACAAUGCUCAGCAGUUACAAGACGUCUCAUGGUACCGGGGGAAAUGCUGCCAGGGUUGAACCAAGUGCGGAUGAGGUCUAGCCGUCUAGACGUGCGAGAGGACUUUCCAUAAUACGUUUCUCUGAUCUGGUAGGCGGAGAGCAUGUGCCCGGAACGCAGUUCCUGUGGUAUCCGCGUUGGCUGCGGAGUUUUUUUUCUAAGAGAGAGAGAGAUCAGCAGAGGUUAUGCUCUGUUCGUGGUCGGCCUGCAAGUGUUUUGUAUGUUCUCGUUGAGAUAAUGCAUGGACAGUUGAUUGCACUGGCAUUGCAACCGCAUAUACAAACUACAAGUGUGGUAAAGGCCGCGUUGGGAUAAUGCAUGAACAUUUUGAGUCGUGCAUUAUCCACUUAUUUAAGUGCCAUUGCAAGUGUAAACAAACUACAGGGUUUG